AUGCUUGAGAGGUUGAUCGGAGCAGCCGCCCUUGGGCGCCCUUCCGUUAGGGUUGGCGACCUGUUGGGGGAAUUGGAUAUGGUCGCGGAGGCGUCUCGAUGGGCGACGGGGGAGCUGGCGGAACCGGAUGAUGCGGAGGGGCGGACAUCGGCAUCUGCAUCGGCAUCGGAGGAAAAGGAUGGUGAUGGUGAUAUUGAGAUGCCGGAUGCCCCCCCCUGGAUAGGAUGUGACGACCCAGCAUGUUGCAUCUUGAUUCUACCAGAAUCAAGUUGCUAG